AUGGACAAGAAUAAUUUAAGAGAUGACUUGACAAUUUUGAAAGACAUGUAUCCAGAAAUGGAAGUAAAUGAAUUUCCUGAAGAAUCUCCACUUACUUCUACGAUAAGUGGAUGUGUUCCAGUAAGAAUUAACCUUGCUACAGAUGUUACAAUUAAUUUCCAAGAUAAGAAAAGUAUUAAUCUUUCAAGACUUACCUCAGAUCUUAUUAGUUUUAAAAUUAAUCCUUUGAAAUACCCACAAUUGGAAGCUGGGAUACAGCUGAAUAUUGAAUCACAGUGGAUGACAGAAGAUGAUAAAUCUCUACUGUUAAAGAGCAUUGUAGAUGAAUUUAACGAAAUUACAAAUCCAAAUAAUGAAGAGCUAUUUGAUGAGUUUUUUCCAACUCUAAUGUUAGUACUGAGUUUUAUUUCGGAAGAUUCAAGUACUAUUUUAUUUCCUCAAAAUAGAAGAGUUUGUAAAGAUGAGGAAGAAUUCAAAAUUUUCGACAAUAUUAGAAUUAGUCUUGAAGAUUAUGAUAUGAAACAUUCAAAUUAUAAUUGUUCUAUUUGUAUGGAUACAAAAAAGGGAGAUAAGAUGGUUAAGAUACCAUGUCAAAAUGAAAGUCAUUAUUUAUGUCGUCCAUGUUCUGAAUCAUAUUUCACUAAUAUGAUUAAUAAUGGUGAUGUUUUAAAUAUACGAUGUCCUGAUUGUAAAUUUGAAGAAAUUAAUUUAGAUAAUUUUCGGAAUUAUAAAGAUAUGAUUAAACAACUGUUUACCCCCUUAAUAGAUGUAAAAUUCUUAAGAACGAUUUUAAAUGAAGAUUUAUGUAAGAAAUUUGAAGAAUUAUAUCAUUCUCAAGCUGCGACAAAAUUAUCAAAACAUUGUUUUAAUUCUUGUGUUAUAUGUAAAAGAUGUGAACGAUGGUGUGUUAAAGAAGAUCUAGAUGAUUCUAUGAUCCAUUGUAAUUAUUGUGAUUUUACAUUUUGCUUUGACUGUUUACAUUCAUGGCACGGUUAUCAUAAUAAAUGUGGUAAAAAAUUCACAAUUCCAAGAGAAGUUGUUGAAGAAUAUACAGACCUUAAAGAUGAUUUAGAUAAUAUUGAAAAAAAAUUAGAACUUGAAGUUAAAUAUGGUAAAAAAAUACUUGAGAUAGAAGUUAAUGAGUAUUUGGCAGAUAAGUUAUUAGAUUUAGCAAUUGAAGAAGAAGGGUCUAACCUUCAAAGAUGCCCUACUUGUCGAUUAGUAGUUCAAAGAAGUGAAGGAUGUAAUAAAAUGAAAUGUUCCAUGUGUGAUAGUAUGUUUUGUUUCAUAUGUGGUUAUCUUUUAUAUAAAGAUGAUCCUUAUGCUCAUUUCAGAGAACCUCGAUCAGAAUGUUAUGGUAGAUUAUUUGAAGGUAUGGAAGGUGUAGAUGAUUAA